UUUGUAGAUCACAAUGAAGUAUUGGCCAAGUUCGGGUUCUUAUCAUGGGUCUAAUUAUAUUAAACAAAGGAACCUUCUUUGUUGGAGCCAAUCUUUAGUUGACAAAGCAAUCCGAAGCUGAGUGUCUGUCGUUCUUUUCUAUGCACCAGACCUGGCAUGAUAAAUAUAUACGAGUUGACGGGACGGCUAUGCUGUAGAAACCGUAUCAUACCAACUUUCACACAAAUUCAUAGAUCAUAUGAACGGAUAUUCCAAUCAUGGUCCAGACGAGAACCAAAAAUUAUGGACAUCCAGCACCGGAUAUAGAACCAUCCUGGCUCGACGUAAGGACCAAAGAACCGGGCGAGCGAAUAAUUCCAGAUCAGAAAUCAGUCUUAAGGCGCGCCUCCAUUUACAAAAACCUCUCAGCGUCUGCCUAUGUAUCUGGACACGGCAGGUCCAGGUCUGGGAACCCGAAUGCUCCUAUUAUUGUGGAACCAGUGUCUUCAUCGCCUCUACAAUCCCAAGCAUCUGAUCGGAGUUCGCCUCUGCAGUCAGUUCCCGAAAACGAUCCUGGAAAUGACUCACCCCCUUCUAACGGCGGCGGACCUUGGCCUGGUCCUGCCGUGAUCCAAUGCGACGAUUUCGGACACUGUGGAACUACACAUUGCACUCUUCCAUUAAGGCAAUGUUUAUGGCGAAUUGCGCCUCAAGCAGGUGUUGCACCUGCGCCAGGUAAUCCUGCAGGCCAGCCUCACAAUGCUCUAACAACAUGCGGACUCUGCCGUGCACACAGACGCCUCUAUCAUCUUAGUGUGAUUAGGAAGUACGCGAAGCGUGAGAGGAGCACCGGAUUCAGAGCACGGCUCUGCCGAGAUUGCGAACGAGACGAGGCCAAAUUGUAUUGGGAUCGGCAUCUACGGCCGAUGCCAUGGACUACGUCUUCCCUCCAAGACAUUGUCAGUUGGCCCAGCCCACAAAAUCAAGGAAAUCAGGAUCUAUGCAUCUGCGUUGAAACCGUCAAUAGUAUUCACUUCACAACUUUAGGAGGUCCCUCGUUUCUGUGCUGCGGAUGCCGAGACAAAUACUUCCUUGAUGAGAUAGUUGGUCCUCAAAGAGCGGUGGAGACGAUGUUGAUCAACAAAAAGAAAGCUUUAAUCAAAGGUGAUCGUCGGCUUGCCAACAACGCUUCAGAUAAGAUUUCACAAAGCAGAUACAAUAAUAGAUACGCCCGGCGUAUUGGACGUGCUUGUCCUUGUGGUAAUGAAUCAGAACCAAUCCAUGUUGGUCAACCCAGGCCAUACAUAGUAUAUUGCCAGGCUUGUAUGGGUGUGAGGAUAGACGGGCAAAAAUUACCUCCAGAUCUGCUGAAGGAUAGACUUGCUCCCAGGCGGAAUGUAGGUACAAGGAACGGAACGAGAUGGGGAAAGACCAAAGGGCCACAAAAGGCUCCACGCCAUCCGGAUUUUCGGGUAAACAUUGAAAGAGGAUGGCUAAAGAAACAAGAUAUCAACGACGAUUUGAUUGAUGGGAUUUGA